CAGCCGCGUGUCGCUCUUCCGCUGCUGCCUAGCUCUAUGGGCGUGCCUUCCGUGGGCCGCGGGAGAACCGCGAGCCCCGUUUCUCGCCAUUGGCGGCUCGUUCCCCCUCCGCGCGCGCGCGUUGGCGCGCGGGUGGUGCUAGGCGGAGGGGAGAUAGAAGAGGAGGGACCGGCUUCUUCGGCGCGCCUGGAGCCGCCAUCUUGGACCGCGAAUCUGUCCGCUCUGCUGCUCUGCGGAGGGGAAAGCGGCGGGGGGCUGCCCGCAAUGGGUGCGUGAGUGUGAAGGGGCGCGGGGCGAGCUCCUUCCUGCCACUGGAUUCCGGGUGGCAGGAGGAAAGGAGGGUGGCUCAAAAUGCAAGGGACGCUUUGCUGCCUCCGCAUCCCUAUUUCUUUAAAGGACGCUGGCGCUGCUGCCGUAUCUCCUCCCGACCCACAGGCGUGCGGAACAGUGCUGCACCCCCUUCCCCAACCCCUUUUGGGGCUGUUGCGUUCGGGUGGAAAGCCCACCGGCAACUCAUGGCUGCGGUCCUGUGCGCGUAAUCCACACUGACAUUUGUGGGAGUCAUUUCCGAGCAAAUAUGUGUAUAUAUAGGGCAUAUGCACGCGCGCGCACACACACAUAUAUAUAUAUAUAUAUAUAUAUGUCUAUAUUAAUAACUGGUUUGCAAGUGCUAUUCUUACCUUCGUUCCUUCACGCGAUCUUCCCCUACUUGCUGGUCCUGCUGCUCCACGAGGCGGGGACUCGGCCGUCUUGUUUUGACGGGGAUUCCCCUGGCACGGGCUUCCCCCCCAGGAAUCUGCCCGUUUGAUUUUGGUGAUUUGUACUUGCUGGUUGCCUUUGAGGCAGGAUGUAGGGCAGGGGUAGGUUUUUUGCGGGAAACAACAAAAACGACACUCUUCACACGCUCUAGAAUUCUAAGAAUUCUCGUCGCCUGUCAAGCGCCACCGCGCGCCCCCCCCAAACCAUUGGGGGGGAGGCGGGAGGGUCCCUGGUGACUAAGACACCCCAGUAGCCUUCAGGCAGCAGCGCCCAAUGUGACCCUCUUUCCACAUUUGCCAAGGGGACCACCUGUCACUUUGCACUCCUUCAGGGAGGAAAUCAGGGACAUGUCAGUAAUCAGGGGCCCUGGGACUUGUAGAUCUGGCCCUGAAUGACCAAGGCUGUGUUGGGUGAUUUGGCCACACAGCUGUCAAACAAUUCCCAGCCUUCCCCCCAACUUUGGAGCUAGUGGUGCCAUGGUGCAACAGUCCAGCAAUCUCCACCCACCUCUGCAGCUUCAAAAUGGGAAGACAGUGCUGCUGGUCACACUUGCCAGAGGGUGGCACCUCACUUGCCAUGGCGAGCAGAUUUAUUCAAUAGCUGCCCGUAAUUUUUAAAUAGUAUGGGGGUGCCAACUUUUCGUCUUUCUGUAAUUGUGUCUUGUUAACAGCAGCUUGAUGUGAGGACUUGAGCAUGUGAUGCACGCGCUGUGACAAGCUUCCUCCUGCUUACUGUAUAUCAAGCAACUCUUAAAGGCUAGUUUCUUCUAGUCCACUGGCAACCCUAACUAUACAUUUGAUGUCUGGCACCUGGUUUUUUGAAGUGAUUCAGUUGAAGAUCCUUGUAUCUGAGGUGUUUUGAACAUUUUGUCUUUGAAUUAAGUCUGUGAUGUCAAUUCAUGUAAGAAACAUUCACAUAGAUUUCCAUCAACUUCCUGUAAAUUGGAACGCUUUAUAAUAUCUUGUUUAAGAUCUUCUGCCCCAUGCACCCUUUCUGUUUGAAGUAUGCUUGGUGGCAACAGGUGGUAGUGCCCUCUCAGGAGUGGUGCCCUUUUUUGAAACAAAAAAACACACAAAUGCUGCAAUUUUUCCUCAUUGGAGACUUGCUCCAGCUGCUUGUUCAUGUAUUGUAAAGCUGUAUCUGGUAGUAGCAGAAAUUCCUGUGUUACAUGCUGAUGUUGCCUACCCAGACAUAAUAAUAUUCAGAACAGUAAAUAUUCAUAUAUUCUUUCUAGGGCCAGAUUCACACCGUAUAUUUAAAGCACAUCCAGCACACAUUUAAAGCACAUGACUUGCCCCAAGGAAUCCUGAGAACUGUAGUUUGCUAAGGGCACUUAGAACAGUAGAUCUGUAAGGGGAAAACUACAGUUCCCAGGAUCUUUAGUGGAAGCAGUGUGUUUUAAAAGUGCAUUGAAUGUUCUUUAAAUGUGAGGUGUGGAUUGGCCCUAGGUUAUCGCCUCUUGUUACCUUGGACUUGACUGGCAGUCCAGAGAAGAAAAUGCAAUCGAUUCUCUUGCUCUUUAUUGUAGAUACCAUGGCAAGCCCGGAAAAGGAUCACUACAGAAUGAAAAGUUAUAAAAACAAUGCCCUCAAUCCUCAAGAGAUGCGGCGACGAAGAGAAGAGGAAGGUAUUCAGCUUCGUAAACAGAAAAGGGAAGAACAAGUAAGUCUUUAAAGAUUAUGGGAGGGAUUCAGUAUCACGCAAAAGUGAUCAUUCCAUCAGCACAAGCAUUUUUGCUUGCCAGACAGAGCUCACUUCCUUUCCUCCCUUGUGCUUUUUUUUGGGGAGGGGGGGGUCUCUUGACCCUCCCAAGCAGAUUUGAGGGGUAGCGGUAGGGGGAAAGCCUUGUUUUGCUGGGAGUAGUCAUGGCACUAGCUUUCUCUAGCACAACAACUUAUUUGAAUCUGGCCCUAUGCCUGCAAUCCAAGUUACCUGGAAGUAAAUCUCAUUUAAUUCAGCGGAACUUAUCUCUGCAUAGAUGUGCAUAGGAUUUUGUUAUUAAAUGUGUGUCUUGUUUAGUGAUCGUUUGUUGUUUAGUGAUUGUCUUGUUUGUUAGCCACCUUUUUUUGGCUGAAUUGCAGAAUAAAAGACUUAUAGAUAAAUAAGUGACAUUAUUCGGUUUAGGAGAACUGUGCAUCUAUACAUAUGGAAGUAUGUUACCGUGGUCUGCUAAACCAAGAGGCAUUAGGGAGCCGACGAAACUUCAGCUUUUGUGAUGUACUGUCAGUUGUUUUUACUACCCAAAGAAAGCCCUUAUUUGCUAACACACCACUGUGUUUUUAUUUGUGGUAUUCCUCUACUUGCAUAUAGACCCAUGUUUACAGUAAGUGAUUAUUGUGCAUAUAUAUUUGGGUUUGGCAUUUAGAAAAGUAGUGUUAGUGUUUAAAGAUAUUUUAUUUUAACUGUAGAGGAUAUUGCCUUGCGGAUCAGCCCAAGGGCAGCUGUUUUUCAGUAGCCUGCCAGGUGCAUUUGGACACAAAUAGAACAUGAUGGUGUUUGCCGUCUUCUGUUUGUUCUCAGCAUCUGGUGUCAGAACUGUAUUUGUUUGAAAAAUGCAAUAGGGCACAUCAGGACAAUAAGUUAUUGGUCCACAGUAAAUUUGCCCUCUUUUCCCUUCCCCCACCGAAAUCUAACUCUCGAGACAGAGAAUUAUUAGCUACUAGAUAAAAUAGAUUUAGGUUUACAAUGUUGAAUUUUGGAGUUUGUGUAAUACGCCUAAACUGGAAACCUUCUACGGCCAGUUCAGAUAUGUGUGGAAGCCAAGACUGAGAUCAGGUUCAGGUUGUGGAAUUAUAUGUAUUGUCUCCCCUCUUCUGCAAAAUUUGAUCUGGCUCUUCUCUCGCUGUUUCCAGCAUUGCCUAUGAUCAUUACCAAAUUGAGUUAAAAUGUAACUGGGUGUGUGCUUAAACUUUUAUUGAAAUCCCUGAUUUUAAAGAGGCUGUCAGAGGAAGCAAAUGAUUUUCGUGUUUGAACAACUUGGAAAUGGAGUUGGUUGAUCAAAUGGGUUUUAAAAUUGAGGGUUAUUUAUGUAAACAAAUUUUAAAUGCAGUUCUCUCCCUCCUCAAUCUGAAAACAAACCUGAUUUUUUUUUCUUAGUUAUUUAAACGCAGAAAUGUUGCUCUACUGGGAAAUGAAGAGUCAAUGCAAGAAAGUCCAAUCCAGGAUCCUGAUGUGAGCUCUACAGUGCCUAUUCCUGAGGUAAAUUACCCCCAACAGACAGAGUAUUUUAAACAGUUGUAGCUGAAAGAUGUCAGAGUGAUAACGGCUUUUACUUUUUAGGAAGAUGUCAUUACCUGUGAUAUGGUGCAGAUGGUUUUCUCAGAAGAUCCCGACCAACAACUUGCAGCUACUCAGAGAUUUAGGAAACUGCUUUCUAAAGGUAAUUUGUAUUUUUUUCCAUAGAAAAUGGAAGUUGUGAAUGUUAUUCCCACGGGUUCAAAUUGCAUUGGGGGCGGGGAACAGAUUUAUUUUUAAAACAGUUUGUUGGACUGUGGUCUGUGUUUUUCAUCACAUGAGUGCCUGUAUUCAUUCAGAAAUAAUGGCUGAAUGCCAAAACUCACUCUAUGAAAACAAAACAAAACAGUAGCAGGACAGCAACUGCACGCUUCACUUAAUAUCCCACUGUUCUUUGCAGCUCCAAUAAUUCAUCUAGUUGGUUGUAUGGGACUUAAAACUAAUUGUUUUUAUUGGAUGUACUCAAAGUUGAGUGUUCUGUUACUGCAGUAAUGUUAUUUGUAUCAACUGUGUUGAAAUUAUUUUCAUAAAUUGAACUAGUGACAAAAAUAAUUUGGAACUCUGCUUGCGCACAAGCACACACAUCCCAACCACAGGAUUAUGCUGCUGGGCCCCAUGAGAGGUUCAUUUUGGGCUUAGGAGCUGAGCACCCAUGGCCACAAAGUAAUCAAGCCCCUGCAAUGGCUUGAGGGACAAAGAAAGAUUGCUUCUACUUCCCCCUCCCUUUUCACCUUCAACAUUUAUCACUGGAGCUUGUCUUGGGCUCAAGGGGCAGAGGCACUCUGUGUUCAAUUGCCACGAUGCGCUCUGGCCAAAAGGGUGGGUUAAGUUUGAACCUCCUUCUUUCCUUGUAGCUAUUAUGGAGGUUUAUACUUGGCUUAAAGGAAGCAUCUGGUGGCAUCUUUUGUCCCUUGAGCCAACUGAAUUUCCAGUGUUAGCUGCCAAAAAUAUAUACAUGCUUCUAUAAGUCUGUGCCGGUUUUUGGAAUUUGUGGAAGCUGUGUGAGCGAGCGUGAUUUUGAAACUUCCCCCCAACCUUGCAAGACUAGUCAUUGAUCCAACAAAGGAUAGGACAAAUGAAUUGUGGCUAAGUUUACCAAUUGCUAUUAGCCACAAAUCUCCUGUGUUUGGUGGCACUAUUAAUGUUAGAGUUGUAUGGAGGAGCAAAGAAAGGAGGAGAACUUAUGGGCUUCUCAGACACAUAUGUCUCAUAACUAGAAAACAGGACAAGCAGCAGCUUUGGUCAAAUCCAGCUGACCUCUUCAUGUUUUAACCGUUUGCAUCUGUGCUCACUCACUGAGGUUAUACAAUUAUAUACAGUACAUGAUUGGUCAUCUUCCAGCUGAUUUAUUGUUUAAUCAACUAGAUUUUCUUGGUUGAUAACAUUAGCUUAUUUCCUUUGCUGACUUGGCAAAACAUAUAUCUGUUAUAUUUUUACUUUACCCUAUCUCCAGGGAGAUCUUAGCAACAUUUUAACUUUAUUAUAUCCCUAUGAGUAACAGAGACAGUUAUUUGGAAUUCUUCAUCCAAACCCAGCAGCCUAGCAGCUAUAUCUGCUGCUUACCUGUUUCCUUGGCUGAACUUUGGCCUAACAUUUGUUUUAAUCAGUCUAAUUAACCUUUAUUUUCAGAACCUAAUCCUCCAAUAGAUGAAGUCAUACAAAAACAAGGAGUUGUGCAGAGAUUUGUGAAAUUUCUAGAAAAGAAUGACAAUUGCACUCUUCAGGUGAGUUCGCUUAAUAAUAUAUGUGCUAAGGCAUUAGGAAAAUGUCAACAUUUGAAGAAUUCAGAUCCUUCUGAUGGGAGAUGGUGGUGUUUUUUUCCUCUGAGACGUACCAGACAUGAAGAGACAAAUACACACACACAAUAAAAAAUACAAAUUAAAGGUAGCCAUGUUGACUUUCCUUGUAAUUUUGCCUUUGGGUAGAGCCUGAAGGGCUUUUAUUCCAUUGUAGCAUCCUACAUUUGAAAUUUCCUGCCUCUGGAGGUGCAACAGGUGCUUACAGUGGCUCAGUUUUGGUGCCAGUUGAAAGUGUGCCUGUUUUUUUUUUUGUUUUUUUUAAUGAUAUUUAUUAAAGUUUCAAAAAAUACAAAAACAAAAAAUAAAAAUGCAAGAAAAUACAAAAUACAGAAAAAAGAAUAAAGUUUUUAAAAUAUAACAAAAAAAAGAAAAAUCAAGAAAAACAUACAAGAUAAAAACAGUUAAAAAACACGUUAACUUUCUAUAGCUUAUCUUCUUUACCCUUAUUUCCCCGGACCUCCUCAUACCUCCCUUUUUUGUAUUCCAGUUCAGUUUGUUAGUUCAGCAAAUCCUUACCAUUAAGCUUUUACCCAUUUGUAAACCUUUUUUUGUAUCUCUUAAAGCAUUACAGCUAGAAACCACUUAGUUUCUAUCCAACAUCCUUCUAAGAUUCAUUAAGUUUACAAUAUUUCUGUAAAUAGUCUUUAAAUUUCUUCCAGUCUUCUUUCACCGACUCUUCUCCCUGGUCUCGGAUUCUGCCAGUCAUUUCUGUCAAUUCCAUGUAGUCAAUCACCUUCAUCUGCCAUUCUUCCAGAGUGGGUAGAUCUUGCGUCUUCCAAUACUUUGCAAUGAGUAUUCUUGCUGCUGUUGUAGCAUACAUAAAAAAAGUUCUGUCCUUCUUUGGCACCAAUUGGCCGACAAUGCCCAGGAGAAAGGCCUCUGGUUUCUUCAAGAAGGUAUAUUUAAAUACCUUUUUCAGUUCAUUAUAUAUCAUUUCCCAGAAAGCCUUAAUCUUUGGGCACGUCCACCAAAGGUGAAAGAAAGUGUGCCUGUUUUGUUUGGCUUUUUGGGUCUAUUGCUUUUCUCUGUGUUGAAUAUGUUUGUGGGUCUUAAAUGUAUAUGUUAACUUGAUUUCUCAAAUUCAAUGUUACAUUGUGUCAACUGCCCUGGGAUUAUUAUUUUUUUUAAAAUGAAGAGCUAUAUGGUAUAUAAAACAAAUAAUAAUAAAGGAGGCAGCACCUGGCCUGAUGCAGUCGUGCAAUGAGCAAUAGUGCUGCAUUAGAGAUCAGGAAAUAAGGAUUUGAAUUCUGCUUUUUGCACAUGCUUCUAAUCCUCUCCUCUGUAUUAGGGAGGGAUACUGGUUGUGGGAGAGAGAUUGUGAUCUGUGCCCCAGUACAUCUAUGAGGCAGCUUUGCAGAAUACUUCCAUUGAGAGAUAUCCCAAUGUUUCAUUGCAAACAUGUCAAAACAUACAUACACAAACACUGUAAAGUGGUAUGUAAGUGGCGGCAACAUUGGACUGGACCUCUGGCUGCUCAGGCAGCUGCCAUGGUCUUUCUUUGCUUCUUCCACAGAGCCUACUUGUGAAAUAAUUUUAUUCUAUUACAUCUGCCUCCCACCAUUCGGGAAAGGGUAUCCACAUAUAUCAGUAUCAUUUUAACAAUCCUGUGAGGCUGAGAGAAAGUGAUUUGCCCAAGACUAGCAGUGGGAGAUUCGUGGCUGAGCAGGAAUUUCAACCCAUAUUUCUCCAACAUUACUUAUUUUCAAUAAUAUACUUUCAAAAUAAAAUGUUGGCUUAUUUCAUCACAAGAAAUGGAAAAUGUGGUUACAGAGUGUAUUUUGUACCUAGGAAAUAAGAUGGAGAGAGGGCUGUUGUACUCCGGUUUUGCUUGCUGAAUUUCCAAGGGCAUCUAGUUGGCCACUGUCGUGAGCAGGCUAUUCCUAUGUUCUUAAUCUUAAUCCACAUUUUAUAGUUUUUUUAUUUAACUGUAUUUUUGUCUUUUAGUUUGAAGCAGCAUGGGCUCUUACAAAUAUAGCAUCUGGGACAUUUCUGCACACCAAAGUGGUAAUCGAGACUGGAGCUGUCCCAAUUUUUAUCAAGUUGCUGAACUCUGAACAUGAAGAUGUCCAGGAACAGGUAACUUCUGUGAUUUUUUUAUCACUUAAAUUAGAAAACAAUAGUAGUAAAGUGUUGGGCUUCAAAGAACCUCAGGAGACAGGACCAUGCAAACUUGGAAAUGAGGCCCAGCGCCAACACAUUGAUCUAGUUUCGAAGUAAUGUUAAACUGUGGCUUAGUGUUAAUUUCCUGAGCCUGAGGCUUGUUCACAGAGUUUUGCUUAAUGGGUUGAUAGAAGCUGGGAUUGUGGUUAAGGUUUCUCACCCUUAACCGUGAUCUGCAGCCGAGGUUGGUUCUGUGGUUACAAAUCUUACUUAACCACAGCCUCUCGUGCAGAAAUGAAUUGUUUCAGGCAAAACAAAUUUGUCUCUGCCUGAUAGAGCCCACUAAUUUUAUUUACUUUUAUGGAGCUUUGAGGGACGCGGGUGGUGCUGUGGGUUAAACCACAGAGCCUAGGACUUGCCGAUCAGAAGGUUGGCGGUUCGAAUCCCACAACGGGGUGAGCUCCCAUUGCUCGGUCCCUGCUCCUGCCAACCUAGCAGUUCGAAAGCACGUCAAAGUGCAAGUAGAUAAAUAGGUACCACUCCGGCGGGAAGGUAAACGGCGUUUCUGUGCGCUGCUCUGGUUCGCCAGAAGCAGCUUCAUCAUGCUGGCCAAUAAAGCGAGAUGAGCGCCGCAACCCCAGAGUCGGCCACAACUGGACCUAAUGGUCAGGGGUCCCUUUACCUUUACCUAUGGAGCUUUAGCCCCUCUCCAUUGAUAGUUGUCUCCAGUAAAAUAGGCACACGUUGAACCACUUGAAUAGCCCCUGAGAUGCAAUGUAGGUACCUGGACAAUGCUGCCUAUUAUGAGAUUUCCAUUCCCUUGGCAAGCUAGUUAUCCAUGGCCAUUAUAAGCUUCUGAUACAUUCAUUCUUUCAGUGACUGCUCCUUUGCUAUUGGGAUUGUGUUUGGUGCUGGCAUAUAGGUGCCGUUGUUGUGCUGGGACUGAACUGCCUGAUUUAUUAUAUUCUGUUGCAACUUUACAACAGAUUGAGCUGCAGAGGUAAACUCUUAGGGUGGCGCUUUCCAUUCUUUUAUCGUAAUAAGCUUAAUUUAGGUCAUAGCUUCUUGUUAUAUGUUAUUGAGCUUUAUUUUAUUUUAUUUUUUUAAAAUGCUAAUUCUGUAAUGUGAAGACAGCAGUGUACAAGAGUUGCAGUUAAAGACUUUAAAAAAUGUAUUAAUAUUAAUUUAACCCUUUGUUUCUAAGGCAGUGUGGGCUCUUGGUAAUAUUGCUGGAGACAAUGCAGAAUGUAGAGAUUACGUGCUAAGCUGUGGAAUACUUCCCCCUCUCUUACAGUAAGUACUGAUAAUCUCUGGCAAUAAAUAUUAAUUUUACACAUGUUUAAACAUUGGAAAUAGCUAGGCUUAAUUUCAGGUUUUAAAAGGUUAGCUUGAAAACUGUUAUGAAUAAUUAAGGCUGUAAUCCCAUGCACAUCUUCCUGUACAACCCAUUGAACUCAAUGGCACUUACUGCUGAGCACACAUGAUUGUGCUAUUAUGUAAUUUAGAUGCUGUAUUCUGUUUCAAAUUUGUUUGUUUUUCUUGACAGAUUGCUAACACAUUCAAACAGACUUACGACGACUAGAAAUGCAGUCUGGGCACUUUCAAACCUCUGUAGGGGCAAGAACCCGCCUCCUGAUUUCAGCAAGGUAGAGUCCAAUUUCUACUCUGUGAGGUGCUAUAAUGGUAAAAAGCAUAAAUUGCUUUAAAACAGUGUAUUUCCUCAUGCAAAGUCAAUGCAAACCAAUCUUUCUUCAGUCUUAAUUGGUGGGUCAAUUUUUAGUCAGACUGUUUUGUUGUGGAAUGAACUAAUACCAAAGGAAGGGUUUCAGCUCUUUAUACAACUGCUUGCAACAGAUAUGAAAUUUCUAAAAAGAGGACAUUUCUGAUAAUGUGCAUUUUCUUCUUCUUUUUACACUCCUGAAGGUUCGUCUUUGCUUAGGUGUUUUGUCAAGAUUGUUGUUUAGCAGCGACCCAGAUGUAUUAGCAGAUGCUUGCUGGGCCCUCUCUUACCUAUCCGAUGGACCAAACGAUAAAAUCCAAGCAGUUAUUGACUCUGGAGUCUGCCGAAGAUUAGUAGAACUUCUGAUGUAAGUCCCUUUUUAAUAGAAGAAUUAUGAUACUAGGAAUCUGCAGCCAAAGAUAUCAACAGUUGUGUUCUCAAACCAAUGUGUCAAAAGUAAUGUAGUCUUUUUGAACCCCACUGUAACACAACAGUUUUCCCUCUGUCCUUAGGACCUUUAUGAUUCCCUCACCCACCCAAUACAUCUGCAGUGAUUGUCACAGCACCAACCUUUCCUCCUCUGCAUUAUCUUAAAUAUUCUGUGGCACAUUUGAAACUCUGCCAGAUGCUAAGAAAGAAACUUGUAAAGUGUAGAUAUUUGAGAGGCAUAUAACCAGUCCAGUUUAUUUUUAUCUAUUAGCAAAAACUGGAUUUACGUUGUACAAUAUAAGCAAUAGGACCUGAAGCAAAAUGUUGCAGUGUGGAGGGUUAUUUCCCCCCUUUCUAAGGUACACCAUGUCUUCCCCCUCCACAAACAGUCAGCAUUCUGUGUCCCCUAAGUAUGUUUAAUCCUCAUUCAGCUUUUUUGGUGGAUUUUCCUGCUUUAUUCCCUCUCCCCCCCCCCCCACCCCGCAAAAAACGUUCUUCUGUACUUCUACAUACUUUGGAGUUCCGUGCCAGCCUGUUAACCCUUCACCCUUGUGUGUAGAUAGUACUGUCUUGGCUAUGGAAGAAAUAGCACUGAAUGAGUUUGCUAUUUGUAUGUACAAGUGGGACCUGAAAGGAACUGUUGCAGUAGGAACUCCUUCUGUGCCAGCCAUGCAGACUGAAUACUCCAUUCCAUUCCCCCUUCCUCCUGGUUUUCUCUUUCUCUCCUAACAGAUCUUCAACAUGUUUUCCAUCCCACCUCCCCAGUAAAUCCUGGGGUUCCCCCAAACAUAUCAGAACCUUUACUUUAUAUCUCAGUAGCCCCUUCUGGGCUAAAGAGCUGUCAUAACUCAACACCGGAAAGUAUAUAAAUUGAUAAUAAGCCAUAAUCCAAACAGCUGCUGGUUUAGCUCGUGUGUUCAAUCUUCCAUUCUUGUCUGUGUCUGAGACUUGCAUGCUGUGACAUCUCCAAACAAAUAACUGUAUUUUUCCAUGUAUAAGACGCACCCAUGUAUAAGACACCCCCUAUUUUGGGGGACUCCAAAUUAAGAAAACACCCCUCAGCACUACCCGUGUAUAAGGCGAGCCCCAAUUUUAAACCAAUUUUUUUGGUAAAAAAACCCCUAGUCUUAUACACGGAAAAAUACGGUAAUCUAUUUUAGGGUCUGAGAAUAAUUUAAUCUGCUCUAUGCACUUUUGUUUUUUCCAGGCACAAUGACUACAAAGUGGUAUCGCCUGCAUUAAGAGCAGUAGGAAAUAUUGUUACGGGCGAUGAUAUUCAAACACAGGUCAGUGGAGCUUUUUGAAAAACUUCAGUGACAACGUGUAAUGGCUUAACUUUGUUUUUUUUUGGGGGGGGGGUUUCAAGAGAUUGCAACAGGAUACUUUGUUAAUAUUUUGCAAUGGAUAUAGAUGGUGCUGAUUGAACAGAUGGAAUGUUAUCCAGACUUAUGUAUAGUCGAGGGGAAAUCUGCCUGUCUUGCAGAAGAACUGUCCUUAAACUAUCAAAAAGCCAUAUUCUUUGCGGCAACUGACAUUAUUUCACUGAAAUGUGUAUUUUCUUGCUUCACUAAGUUAGAAACUAAAGAAUAGCAAUAAUUAAUAGUAAUGCAGUUAUAUGCUAAAGUUACUGUGGCUGAGGUCAGACUUUUGUCAUUCUGAAUGUUUUAAAGCAGGGCAUCAUAAAAAGCAGACCUUGGUGGUUUUAUAGCAAAGUACAAAUUAAGAAGGUGUUGGCACCUGAACAAGUGUACAAGAUUAUUAAACAUAAUUAUGGUGCAUGCUAUAGCUUGGCCUGCUCCUCACCUCUCCACAGUCAUACCUUUUUGAAUCUUGAACACCAUUUUUAAAACAAUCUUCUUUUGUAAGGUGCCCAGUCUGUAAUCAACCCCCUCCAAAAAAAAAUUCAAUUACAUAGUCUGAUUUUCUAGCACUUUGUAACUGCCCUCGGAAUAUAAAAUUCCCACUUUCUCAUAUUUCUGCUUACAUUUUGAAUUGAAACUGGAGGCGACUUUUGACAAGUGGAAGAUGUCUUCUGUUCACCAGAGGGCUGUUGUGUAAUUUUCCACAGAGACUCAUACAAGGAAAGCAAAACUAAAUCCCAGGGUGAUGAUGCUCUUGUGUAACUGGAAGCAUGAGAAUGGCUAUAGAACAGGGAUGGAGAAUCUCAGGCCUUGAGGCUUACAAGUGACCUGCUAGACCUUUCUGUCUGACCCCAAUGCUUCCCCAGGCCACACGCCCCCUUGCCUUCCUCUGUUGUCUCACUGCAGUGCACCCUUGAACUGUGACAAUGCUGCUUGCUUGGCUGAAUGGAAAGAUGUAGGUGUGUGUGUGGAAGCCUCUGGCUUUUACAUGGCAGUAAUGUAGCCUACUUGACAAAGGUAAAAUAAAAGUCACACCUGUUGAUCUUUACACUUUCGUUUCUGGCCUCCCAGAAAGUUGCCCGCAAGAGACUAUGACCCUCAAACUGCAAAGCAUUCCCCAUCCCUGCUGUACAGCUUACCUGUUGCAGCAUUGUGCAAAUUCUUAUAGUGCUGGUGGAGAAGGGCUGCGAAUUUAUAAUUCUUUUACUGAUGGUUAGAUCCAACUCUUUGAAUUUAGGUAGCAAUGAGAUUCUGUUGGAUUUUCUGUUAAAGCUAAAACUCCCAUUCUGUUUUUGUUCUCCAUUUCCGCUGUAUAUUGCCUCUUGUGACUUUAUUGGGAUCUUAAAUAGCACAUUUUUUUCAAAAGCAUAUGAUUGUAACUUAUUCUGUAAAUAUACUGCAUAUGGCAUUAUAAUAUUUAAAAAUAACUCUGCAGUUGUAACCGUACCUGUGAAUAUUUAUUUCAACCAUAUGGACUGUGUUUGGAUAUAUGGACUACAUUUGAUUAUACACUGCUUAGGCAGAACUUUUCAUCUUUCAAAUUAUUUUAGGUAAUUCUAAAUUGCUCUGCAUUACCCUGUCUCUUACAUUUGCUGAGUAGUCCCAAGGAAUCUAUACGGAAAGAAGCUUGCUGGACAGUUUCUAAUAUUACUGCAGGAAACAGAGGCCAAAUUCAGGUAAUAUAUUUGGGUAUUUCUGACAGCGCUGACAUAGCAGUGGACCAUGUCAUAUUUGCCUUUACUUAACUACUUCUCCAUAUGUUCCUGAUGCAAGUCUUUGUAUCUUCCACAUGAUGAAUUAUGAUGAAUAGCUGGGAUAUAUACCCCAGAAUGUAUGGGGAGGGUCUUAGACUGAACAUCUUAACAAACACUUCAUCAUAUCAAAGGAAUGUACUCAUGAUUGCCUUUAAAUCAGGGGUGGCAAACCUUCUGAGACAGGAGGAGAGGCUCCUAUGUGGGUAUCUGUGUGUGUGUGUGUGUGUGUGUGUGUGUGUGUAUAGAGCCCUUGUAGGGGUUGGCAGCCUUCAGUAAGGCUCUCAAUCUGAAAAAAGAUUAACCCUUGCUUCAAACGGUCAUGUUGGCAUUGCUCCAGUUCACACCCUCAUCUUUGUGGGAAGUGUUGAUACUUGUACUCCAAUUUGGGGCCAGUUUUCAAAGUCAGUUGUCUGUUAGAUAAAAAUGACAGCGGACAACAUCCAGUUCACUGCUUGUCAAACAAACAGGAGUAUUCUUGGGUAAGAUACAAUUUGCCAAUUUCUCUAAAGAAACUAAAAUUCCCAUGGCUUAUUAUCUGAAUGAGAUUUGUGUAAAGGCCAUUCUGAACUUGCCAGUGUUCUGGGAAAAGUAAGCAAAGUGUUACGGACAACUUGCUAAGCAUAAAUUGCCAAUUUUUCAUAAAGUCCCUGGGGUCAUUUUCUUUUUCCAGAAAAAUGAUCACUGUGUCUUUUCAAGGAAUGCAUUUAAAAUGUACUUUUCAGUUAAGUUCACUGGUUAGUUUGUUGACUUUAAGUUAUACUUCAGUGUUCCACUUUUCCUUUUUCUCCUAGGCUGUUAUAGAUGCAAAUAUAUUUCCAGUAUUGAUUGAAAUUCUUCAGAAAGCUGAAUUUCGCACUAUAAAAGAAGCAGCAUGGGCCAUCACUAAUGCAACAUCAGGAGGGACUCCUGAACAGAUUAGGUAAUGGAUUGCAAUUGAUUCAUAGGUGAUGGGGGUGAAUAUUUUUACUUUCGCCGUUCAUUUUCUAAACUAUUGUACGAUGCCAUGAAUACUUUUCUGGGUUUCUAGUACUUGAAAUUAUAAUUUAUUUAGAUUUAUGCAGAAAGGAAAGCUAAAAUCAACAUGACUUUCAUUGUAGAAGUAUAGCUAAUUGAUAUAAUGUGUGUGUGUGCUUGUGCACGUGUGUGUGUGUGUGUGUAUUUCAUGUAUUAAAAUGUGUGUGUACAUACACAGGAAUAUGCUCUAAAAAGUCAAGUGUGUCCUCUGUGUUGUUUUUGAAAGUAUCUUCAUGCAUCUAUCCUGGGACAGUGUUGCAUCAAAUAAGUACUGAUCCAAGCCUCUUCUCUCUUUCUGUCUUUUUUUUAACCUACUGUACCAAAGUUAUUUGGUGGCUUUAGGCUGUACCAAGCCUCUCUGCGAUCUUCUGACUGUGAUGGAUUCUAAAAUAGUUCAGGUGGCAUUGAACGGACUUGAAAACAUUCUGCGACAUGGAGAGCAAGAAUCUAAACAAAAUGGGAUUGGGGUUAAUCCUUACUGUGCCCGUAUAGAGGAAGCGUAUGGUAAGAAAUUGUGGUGUGAAUGCUGCAAGCCUAUUACCAGUAUAAAAUAAUUCCACUGAAUAGUUGGGUUACUGUUGUUCUCCUGAAAUCUUUGUUUAGAAAUUAGGGCAGCAGCCCUAUGCAGUUUUAUUUGAGACUGUUCCCCACUGAACACCGAGACAUAGUCCUGAGUAAACAUCCGUAGGAGUGGGCAAGAGGACUCUAAUUUCUGUAGUGAGGGCAGGUCCCACACGUUGGCCAGAAGUGUAUUUUAUAUAAACUUAAGAAAAUUUCUGAAGUGGUUGCAGUUAUUUAAGUAGGUAAGCAGUAAGCAGUAGAAUUGAGCUAGUGAGCAAUAGAAUCACAGGCAGAACCAAAUCUUCCAAAUUUGGAAGCAUUCCUAAUAUUACAUGUCCCAACGUAAUCUACCCUUCUUUGUGAAUCUUUAGGAGAGAAUUGCAAAUUUCUUAACAAGGCCCUGAAGGGAGUUCUUGUACAUUUGAGCUCGCUGUUAAAAAGAUGUAACAACUGAAGGUCAUAAUUCUUGGCUGGCUUUUCUGCCAAAGCCAGUUGUGGUUGCUAAGGCCUAUUUUAGCCCAGCACAUGCUAGUGCUCCAUCUGCUUUUCCUGUAGGUUGCUUGCUGGUUUGGCUGCUCCAGGGCAAGAUGUGCUAGUGCAUCAACUUGGAGCAGCCUGGGAAGCAGCCCAUCAGCCUGCCCUGCAAGAAGAUUGGCAUGGAGUCUGCUGGCCUGGCAGCUGUAUAACCAAGGCACUAAGCAGAUGGGCAGGCAAAGAAUCCCAGGCUUUCCUCUCCUGUCUUCGAGCUGGAAAGAGGUGGAGAAUACCCAGGCAGCUCUGUGGUUGGUAGGCAGGCUAGUUGCUUCUCACACUUGCCAGAGAGCAGCAGUGGUGUACAAAAAUGUGGAAGCCCAAUUAUAAUGCACUGAGUGCAGUAACAUUUCAAACUGAGGAUUUUGUUUAGUGGGUUAUGCUCAGUGUUAGUCAUUCUCUAGAGUAGACCCAUUGAGAUUGAAGGUUUUGAGGGCUCCGCUCUGAGUAUGAUUUCAUUGGAGAUCACCCACUGGGUGUAACUGUACAUUGUUUUCUCUAUGUAAGCAACCACUGAUCUGUGUAUUUCUCACUUCUUGUCUACUAGGUAGAUAUUUGAGAGAAAUACUAUUUUGUAAGCAAGGGGGCAUGCGUGCUGCCUGCAGUCCGUAACAAGCACAUUUCAAGUAGUCUAAAUUAGUGAGAUUAUUUUGGAGUAACUCUAUUGUAGAUUGAAGCCUUAGGUUCAGUAAAUAUUACAGAUGUGUUUAGAAUUUAGUGUUUCCUCUUUGCAGCCUACUCACAUGAUCCUCACGUAUUAUGGCCAGUUUAUUUAGCUAUUUAAGAAAGUAUGUACAUCUUAAACCACAUGUGCGCUCUCUCUCUCUCUCUCUCUCAAAUUUAGGACUAGAUAAAAUUGAAAUUCUUCAAAGUCAUGAAAACCAGGAGAUCUACCAAAAAGCUUUUGAUCUUAUUGAACAUUACUUUGGUGUGGAAGAAGAGGAUGCCAAUAUUGUACCACCAGUGGAUGAAAAUGAACAGCAGUUUUUGUUCCAGCAGCAGGAAGCUCCAAUGGAGGGAUUCCAGUUGUAACCAUUCAGUUUAAAGCAAAAUCAGUAGCUCAUCAUGGUAGUCUCCAUUUGCGGGCCAAAGACAGGAAAGGUGGAAAUGUUUUGCUGGAGACGGAUGAAGAAGCAAACUCGUGCAUUUAUGUGUUUUUGUGUCAGACACAAGUAUUGGUUCAUUCUUUUUUAUAUGUGUAUGUUUCCAUUGUCUUACGUGCAGAAAAACCGACUAAUCACAACUGAAAGUUUAGAAUAAGGCUUGAAUAGUGACCUCAGUAAGACAUUGGAAACUGAUGCUGAGUUUUCAAGCAGUUGUUAAAAAGGCAAAAUUGCGCAUAAACAGCUGUUGAUAUUUUAAAUUUUGGCUGUAGGGUUCACAUGCCCAAUCUACACUAAAUCUACCUCUUUGCGUUGGAGCAAGAAAGAUGUUUCAGAACUGACGUAUAUAUGAGCUCCUAGUAAAAGCUAAGCUUAGAAUGUGAACAUUAUUUAUUUAAAUAGUGGGAAAUAUAGUUUUAUGCGUGAUACUUUGUGAUAAACUGAUGAAAUAUAUUUAUAUUUAAAAGCAUAACACUUACUGGGGUGCACUGCUGGUUACAUGACAUAACCUUACAAUGUAGGAAAAAAUGGUUUCUCUGCUAUGUGAAAAGGGAUGGUAGCUUUGUAAUUUAUAUAGCCCUUACCUAGCCAUGUCAGCAAAAUUCCCUCUUCCUCUUAUUUAUUCAGUGGUAUUGCAAAUAGGUUUGCCAAGUGUUCAGCAGCAGCUAGAUGGGCAGUGGGAUAAUGUUUGCCUCCAUGCUGUGAAAUGUAUUACCUGCUGAUUUUUGUGCAUUAAGUUGCUGUUAAAAGGCACGUGAGCAGGCUAGGCUGUUUUUGGUCAGUUGGCAACCUGAUUACAAAAUGGUUAAAAAUUAGUUUGCCUUGCAAUGACCUCUGUGUUCUUGUGAGGAUGAGGGAAGGCUUCUCUGUAUAGAAGACUCCACGUUGUAACUUAAAUGCUACCAAAGUGUGUGAAACUGCAAUAUUCUCUUUUCUUGAAACAAUGAUUACAUGAUUUAGUUAUACACAGUCCAUGUAUUACAUUGACCCAAAUACACUAAUGCAUCUCAUACGACUUUUUAGGGAAGGUUUUUUUUAAAAAAAUACCACCAACAACAGACCGGUCAGAGUAUUUCCGGUUUGCAGCAGUGCUAUAUUGGGAGAACAUAUUUUUCAGUUAAUUGAAAUAAAGAUCGGUUUCACUGUAAAUAUGAUAGUAGGUGUUUUGAGUAUGCAAAUUUCUCUGACAAUUUAUGCAAAGUGUUUAAAUGAUAUGAUGCCAGGCAGUUUAAAAAAUAACCUAAAUUCAGACCCAGAGACCAUUUUGUCGCUAGGUUUGAAUCCACAUGGAUAUUUAUUUAUUUAUUUAUUUGGUAGCACAAUUAAAGGACUCCGGUUAAUUUUGCUUACCACAAAUGUAUUGUUCUGUGUGACGUAUAUAAAACAACUUGUAUAUAAUUGCAGUUGAUUGCCUUUUUUCAUAGUAUUGUGAAAUGUUAAACAAAAGCAAAAAUAGAUGCACUCCAGAAUCUAAGGGGGCUCUUUAUAUGGUACCUGCAAACAAAUUCAUGUGUUAAAAGUUUAAAUCUUGAUCUUUCCGUCUUCUGUUCCAGUCCUAUGAGCAUGAUCAAUGCAAGGACCUGCCAUAGCCAGGCUGGGUGGAGACAAAGCAGCUGUGUUGCUUAUGCAUUUUGCAUAGCUAUUGAAAAAUUAUCCUUCAGUGGCAGAUGCGUAUUGUGAGGAAUUUCCGCGUGAAGCAGCUCAGAGUACCGGUCAGCUGUUAGACACUUCAGUAUCUCACAUACAUCUUGCUCCAUCCCCUGGGAGACUUUUGCUCUCCAUAGUUGUGAGAACUGCAAGUGCAGUAACAGAUACAUGCCUGGCCUUCUGUGAUGCGCACAGGUCUCUGCAGCCAGGUUCACAAAGGCAUUGUAGCAGCAAUAUCCACUUCUAAAGGGUUAUGGAGUCAAAGUUUGCCAGUGGAUGUGUUGUAAUGUUAAUAGCUGUAGCUUAUGUAAAGAUAGUGAGGUACAACUAGGGGGAAAAUGCAGGAAUGCUUGCUGGAAAUCAGAUGUAUCAUGGGGAGAAGAAUUGUGCAGCUAGCUAUGAAUUCUGUUUGUAGCUUUGAACAGGUAACACUUGAUAUAAGGGUGAAUUUGUCCCCCUUUUUAAAAGUUUUAACUGGAAAUGUUGGUCCUGAGUGUCUUAUAUCAUUCAUUCCAAAUACAGGUUAAUGAAAGUGGUCAGUAAAAAAGAUAAAAUUAUCAGAAUUGCUCUAGUAUGUUAAAAAAACAAAAACAAAUGUUCAGGGUUGACAGGGUAUCCCAUUGUUUUGCUAUAUUACAAAAAUUGCCAGUUGUGCCUGCUCUUAAUUGGAGAAUUCAGUAGAUAAUAUCAUCAAAACAUUUACAUCUGAGCCAGACUCAAGACUUUAUACAAACCGUAGAAGAAAUAGAAAUAUUAGAGACAAAUGAAUUUAAUGUGUAAUUUGGAAAUAUGUCUCUUUGAGUCUAGUCCAUAACAUGAAUUUGGAAACUUCCGAGAAUCAUUUCUGAAGCUGUACGAUUUUAUAUGGUUAAUUUGGAUCUUUUAAAUACCAGUAUUUGGUUUAACUUCAAAUUCACUCUUAUGCAUGAAACUGAGAAGUCUUGAUGCUUAAUAGAGGGAUGUUGGAGGUGAAACCUUUUAUCAGAACACAUGUGAGUGGCAACUGUAGUCUCCUGGAUUUAGUAGUCAAUCCAAAAUGGUUUGGGGUUUUUGAAUUUGUAUAAUUAAACCAUUAUGGUGUUUCCCUGGUGCAGGUUGUGUGAUUCUCACAUAAAUGCCUCAUUUUGACAUGACCUCAGUCUAUGCAACCAUGCCAAGUAUUUAUUUCAGAUGCAAAACCAUAUGUGAGUUUUGUUUUGUGUUUGGGUCCCUGCACUUUUAUCAUUGAAUAAUUUAUUCAUUUUGCUAUUACAUUUAUAGUAUUGCCUUUUUAAAAGGGUGGUAAAGAAAUAAUGGGUGUUCAUUCAAUGAUUGGUUUACAUUUAGAAAAUGAUGAUUAGUUGGAUUGUUUAACAGAAAAUAAUUAUUACUUUUACAUUUGACUCCAGAUUGAUUUAUUUGCUUGAACCUUAUUAACUUAUUAACCUGCAAAUUUAUUUGAAAAAAUACAGAUUAUGAAACUGCUACAAAGAUUCACAUCUCCAAUAAGAGUUGUUCUUAGUCAUUAUUGUUACUGUGUUUUUGAACAUUCAUUUGUAAUUUGAUUGAUACUGCAUCUUUAAAGACACACUAGAGGCUCUAACUGAACAAACUUACAAAUAAGAACAGUAUGCAAUAUUAGGGAAUGUUACUACUAUAAAUGCUACAAUACAAAACUAAUAAAGGUAUUUUGCAAAGGC